UCCCAAAGAGCCUUAAAAACCGAGGAAGCGUUGAGAGCUUCCACAGAGUUUCACUUCAGGAUGACUUCAGCACAUGUUCUGAAGGCUCUGUGCCUGCUGAUGCUUUUCUCCACGGUCAAUUCUCAGCAGGGCUACAUGUAUGAAACCGGUGAGGAUUGGGUGAAUACCUGGCGCCAGGGCUUCAACUUUCAGUGUCCCCAUGGUGAGCUCUUAGUGGCAAUCAAGAGUUACUUCAGUGAGAAAGAAGGCUCGGACCGCCUGUGGAACUUUGAGUGCCAGAGAACUCCCUACGACUGGGGAGAGCCUAGCGAAUGCUGGUGGGACGAUAUCAACAGAGCCGGGAUGGAAUGGUCCUCAGUUUGCACUAACAAUGGGCUUGUUGCUGGCAUUCAAAGUCAGUACUUUGAAGCAGUUCUGGAUCGAGAAUGGCAGUUCUACUGCUGUCGAUAUGCCCGCAGAUGCCCGUAUUCCUGCUGGAAGACGUCUGAUGUUCCAGAGUACCACAGAGAAGAGGGAGAGAUGGUAAUUCCCAGUUACGGCUACUUCAUAAGGGGGGCUCAAACUACUUUCAGUGGUGUACUGAGGGAUCGGCAGUGGAAGUACAUCUUGUGCCGAAUGACAGACUUUGAUUGUCAGUUUGAAAACUUCUAAACUGCAUUUAUCGCUUAUUGUUCUUAUCGACACAUGACCACAUGAACGUCACCACAAGAGCAUUUAAUAGCACUCACAGAAAACAUAUGACAUUUUUUUAUUAGUUUACCAGUUUUCAAAUUAUUGUUUUAAUCUGUCUGUAAGUGAGCAUGGACUGCCAUUUCCUCAUAUUUUGCAGUUAUUUCUGU